AUGGAAGUAGAUGAGAUUAUACCAGUACCUGAUGAUCCCUACCCAGAACCUGAUGAUUGUAGAUUAUGGAUUGGUAAUAUAGAUCUGAAAAUAACAGAGUACACAAUAUUAAAAUUACUACAGAAAUAUGGUGGAUUAAAAAGAUUUGAUUUUAUUUACCACAAAUCAGGACCAGAUAAAGGCAAAUCAAGAGGCUACUGUUUCUGUAGUUAUAGUAAUAAAGAGGAAGCGGCAAUGGCUAUGAAGAAGAUCCAUGGUAAAUUUGCUAUGUCCAAAAAACUGAUUGUUAAAUGGGCACAUGCUGAUCCUGUGAAUGAAGUAAGGAAAUCUCAGAAUAGUAAAUCAAAAGAUGUUGUUGAAACAUCAGAUACAAGUAUUAAUUCCAAGAUCAAAGAAAUAGAAGCCAAGCUGCUUGUAAUGGAGAAAACCAAAAAAGACUUUUCUACCUCGCCUAAUCUAGAGGCUAUACCUGGAUCUAGUCCACUUAGUGCAAUAAAUAUGACAAAAAGUAAAACAUCUCAAAACUCUCAACCUUACACCAAAUCUCACAAAUAUUCCUCAUCUAAAAGUUGA